CAUACUCGACCUCACGCGCCGCGCACGCAUAAGACUUGAGAUACGGAGGACCGGCACCUACAUGUACUGUACAUGUUACGUUAGGCUCAGCACGGUACUCAUGUAGGCCUACUGGUGAAACUUAGUUGAAAUUUAUGAUGUAAGCCGGAGCCAACAUCAAAACUUGUUGAAGGAGCUGCAACAAUGGCAGAUGUUGAGGAUGAUGAUCCAGUUGUUGACGAGGUUGAUGUCUUCUUGUCCAGGGGCCUUGCCGAGAACCUGUAUCUUUUCCAGUAUCCAGUUCGACCCUCAGGAAUGCCCUAUGAUGACUUCGAGCAUCUGUCUGCAAAAAUCAAACCAAAACAGAAUAUGGUUGAACUUGAACUUGGACUGGAAACCCAAAACUCCAACUACGACAAAAGCCGUGGGGAGCAGAUUGCAAUAAAUGUGGACGGGGCCAACCCCAUUGGAAGUAAGACAUUUCAAAGCGAUGUGAUGGACAAACAGGUGCUAGCUACCUCAAGCUGUGUUUCUGCUACCUCUCGUUAUGCCGUGGGUAUCCUGAAAGACGGAGAGCUGCAUCUGACACCCCUCCAUGGCAUCAUUCAGCUUAAGCCCAGCUUUGCCUACCUAGACAAGGCUGACCAGAAGAGCAAAGUGGAGAGGGCGGGAGAUACUGAAGGUGAAUCGUCCCAGGAGGAGGAAGAAGAGGCCAAGCCCAUCAAGGUCCAGUUUGCUCGGCCAGAGAGUGACCAGGCCAGAGCGCGGCGGCUGGCUUCCUAUUCCCACCACGAGAAGAUGAUGUCAGAGGAGAUGUGGGUGCCUCUCACUUGCCGGCCAGUCCAGGAUGAGCGAUCUUAUUCCGAACGAGAGAAGCUGUUUUGUCAGGCGAUGGACAGCGAGGUAUCCCCACUCAACCUUCCAUCCAAAGACUAUCUGGCUACACUUGUCCCUGAGGCUUCAGAGGAUGAAGCAGACAAACCCCAGUUACCCUCCAACGUUUUGUCCAUGAGCAACCUGAAAUCAAUGAAUUUGGCUGACCAGGUCAAAGCUCUGCUUAUAAAUGCGAAAUCCUUGAGAUUCUCCCAGCUAAUUACCAUCUUACCCGGCACACCAGACCCUACAGCUGUUCUGAGGGCGGUGCAGCAGGUGGCCAUGUUGGUCCAAGGUUGUUGGGUUGUCAAAAGUGAUAUUUUGUAUCCCAAAGAUACCACCAGUCCUAUAAGUGGUGUUCCGGCUGACAUUCUUUGUAGAGGCCGAGACUAUGUGAUGUGGAGAUUUAAUCAGAGUCGGUGUAUUGUGAGGAAGGAAGUUGCCUCCAUAACAAAGUUGCCUUCGGAGGACAUGAAGGAUAUCCUGGAACAGAUGGCCAGGCCUAAGAUUAACCAAGGUUGGGAGUUUGCGCUGGAGUUUGACAGCGAUUUUGUCGUGCACCACGAGGAGGUUACACAGCGCCAGCACAUGCUGUGGGAUGCCAAAUUCCAACAGCUUUCCAAGGUGUUAAAAGUUCCCAAGCAAGAGCUGGAGAAGAAGGCUAAAGGAAAGGACUCUAAAGAUGUAGGACUAGCAGUUGAAGUUAUGUCAGGUCAAGAGCGUGUCAAGGUCGCCCGUAGCCGUGCCCGGACCAAAAGUCUCACCCAGCAAGAAAACACCAAUCCUGCUAAUGCACAGAAUAGCAAUUCGAAUUCUAGAACUUCUUGCGAAGUGUCCGAACCUGUUCCUGAGAUCAAUUCUGAGCCCAGAAUCAAUACUGUGGAGCCCAUGGAAAUGAGCUCUGAACUGGACCCUUUAAGAGGGACCACAGCGUUGGAAGACGCCAGCACCCAUAUCACUCAGAAUGGGCCCUGCGCCAAUAAUAACGGCAUACCCAGCGAGGACGCAGUCAAAAACGAACUGAGGAGUUUCUUACGGGACAAGUUUGUCAAGCAGCCCAUCAUGAGCAUGGCUGACAUGCGGCGGCACAUUAACCUGAGAUUGGUGGAGAGGCCGCCGGGCGAUUUACUCGGGGAAGGGAUAUCUGACGCCAUGCUGGAACAGUGUGCCGUGGAUAUAAGUGCUGCAUUGCUGCAGAUCCCUUGGCCAUCCAGUAAUUCCAUGGAGGAUAAGAAGUUGUUUGGCUUUUGUGACUGUGGAGAUUCCUUGGACAAGUUCCGUGCCGUAAUCUUUGAUAUGUAUCGAGAGAGUUUCAAACAUCGUCGCAAUCAGUUUUCUGACCGCUUCAGGGAAGUUCUUGGUCGGGAACCAGCAUCAAGAGUGGAAUUUGACAGACUCAUUAAGAGCCUAUGCCUUUACAAGCCUCCAUUCUGGUACUUGAAGGGGACUGUGCCAACAUGAUACCAGCUUAGUCUAGGAUUUGUAGCCCCUUUUUAAGAUUCAUUUAAAAGUACGUGUAGGAUUUCAUCAGAGCUGCCGUAAUUUGUUGUACCUUCAGUUCAUUGUAUGCUGCAGCCUUAUACAACUCCUGGUUUCCCCCCUCCCCAUACCUCCACUGACCUUUGACCCUGUUUAUACUACAAAACCAUUGCACCAAUUUGUCCUUUUGCGAAUAAAUGAGAAGUAAUUUCAGUUUCAUUUUGAGGGGUGGUCUUUCAAACCCGAAUUUGUGCCACACACUUCCUAUCAGCCAGUAGCAGUGUGCCAUGUGCACUAACAGAAAGCGACUAUUAAAACCCUGUAUGGUCUGAUCCUUGGAAUUAAAUUGGAAUCAUGUGCCCAGUCACAGACCAGACAUUGCACAAGUUAUUUCAAGUAUUCUAAGUAAUGCCUUGACCCAAGUUUAAAGAUGCAUACUGCACAUCUUACUGUAAUCCAGGAUAUGAAGUUUUUAUGUUAUUAUAUUUUCAUUGUAGCUUUAGUUGUGAGAUGUACAGUGUUGAGGGGGAAAGGGCAGACAAUGUUCUCACCUUUUUAAACAACACCCCGUGCAUCGUCUAGGGGCUCUGCAGACAAGAAUGUGCAAACAAUCCAGUUUGUGCCAAGUAGCCAACAGCUAUUGUCAACUAAAGCAGCACAGUAAUAUAGAGUAUUCAACCGCUUUUCCCCCAAACUGGGGGGACCGUCCGGUGAAGUUUUUUUCUAAUGUGCAGAUCUAGAUAUGUCGUGUAAAACCACGAAAAGGAUCGGCAGAAGACAUACAAGCGAGCAUUAAAUUAUCCCAUGCGAAGGAUUUGUAACAGUUUAAUCCUUUGUAUCUCUGCUGGUGUUUAUAAACAUUGCUAUAAUUUGUCAGAACCACGCAGAAUGAUCCUGCAUCGCUUCUGUGAUUUUUGUCACCGUGGAACCCAAUAAAAGCUGUGGGGCUUCAUACAUUUAUUUGUUUGAA